CGGGAAGUGACUGUGUGUUGCUGUAGCAGUUUCUGUGGUUGCUGCGAAACUGAAUUGUGGUUGUGGAGGUGGUUAGAGCCAGAUGAUCAUUAGAGAGAUCGCUCCCAAAGGAGGUACUGGGCCUUGUUCCACUAGACAGUAUUCAACAAGAAUCUGGACAGGCACUGAUGAAACAUUUUGAAUGCAUCGGACCUCUGACACGUCUAGAAACAUUUAGUAUCGUGUAGCGGAUCGAGGUCCAUAGUCUUUGAACGGAGCAUCAAAAACCUUGUUGAUGGUGGCGAGAAUACAAAAAAGGAUGAGGGUACACAGCGGCCAGUGUGAAAGCGGCGGUUACUGCAGUAGUUACUGACAGGUCUAGACUCUAGAUACAUUUAGUAUCUUGUGUAGCGGAUUGAGGUCCAUAGUCUCUUAACGGAGCAUCAAAAACCUUGUUGAUGAUGGUGAGAAUACAAAAUGACGGGGGUACGCAGCGGCCAGCGUGGAAGCGGCGGUUACUGCCGUAGUUACUACGGUUGUACACGGGCCAGCGUGGAAGCGGCGGUUACCGGAUACAGCGGCAGUCACUGUGGCAGUUACUGCCGUAGUUACUGUGGUAGUUACUGUGGCAGUCACCACGCUAGUUACUGUGGCAUUCACUGCAGCAGUUACUGCAGUAGUUAGUCUGGCAGUUACCGUGGGAGCAGUUACAUGGCAGUUACAUGGCAUUCACUGUGGCAUUCACUGUGGCGUUCUCUUUGGCAUUCACUGUGGCAGUCACUGCGGCAGUACAAAAUGACCAGCUGGAAGUGGUGGCCAUAGUUACUGCGGUUACUGUGGCGUUCACCGCGGUAGUUACUGUGGCAUUUACUGCAGCGGUUACUGCGGUAGUUAGUGUGGCAGUUACCGUGGGAGUUACUGCGGCAGUUACAUGACAGUUACAUGGCAGUUACAUGGCAGUUACAUGGCAGUUACAUGGCAGUUACUGUGGCAUUUACUGUGGCAUUCAGUGUGGCGGUUACUGCGGCAGUACAAAACGAUCAGCAUAGUUUCCAUGGUACAAGGUCGCCGGGGGGCUGGGGCUAACGAUGAUGACGACCUUCAGUAUGCAGGAGAGCACAUAUCGCUGCAGAGGCGACCGUGAAACGGCAGUGGAGACGGAGGUUCAAUCCGAAGUCCCAGCGACCGUGGAGCUUGCUGCGACUUUGCAUGGGGACUUGGGAAUAACCAUGGCAUUGAUUGCUAUCAAUGUGUCAGAAGUUGGUAGGUAGUCAACAGGUGUCAAAGGGCAGCGAUUCAAGGGUUGAGCUGUGAGGAGUCGUCAACCAACGUAGGGGUUUGAUGACGAGGGCAAAUAAAUAAGCUGCCGCGACGGAAUGGGUCGCUUGCGAACUUUCUCCUCACUUCUCGUAAUGUGCGUGUGUGAUUCAUCCAUCAGCUAUUGUGGAGUUGCACUAAUUAAUGCAUUUGAUAUGCGCUCUGGUCAAGAUGGCGAUCAGCAAAGUAUAGGAUGGGGAAUACAAGUUGGCGGCAGCAAAUUCACGUAUCAUCCGCCCCCAGUCAAAAUGGCUAUCAGCAAGUAUAGGAUGGAGAAAAGGAAUUGGCAGCAAACACACGUGUGAUCCUAGGAGUCCAGCACCAGUGACAAAUCCUUGACAGGCUCAUAAAUAUAUCCUGUUGGUGAACAGGUCUAGACCCUGCCAAAGGACGUG